CCGAGGGCGGAGUCACGCGACCUCGUUCCUCCGCGGGUCGUGGUCACAUGACCCGGGGAAGAUGGCCACGCUGACAGCGGAACACUUUGCUGCGCUCCAGAGCCUUCUGAAGGCCUCCUCGAAAGAUGUUGUCCGGCAGCUGUGCCGGGAGAGCUUUUCCAGUUCGGCCCUCAGCGCCCAGCCGUUGCUGGAGACGACGUGUUCCAGCCUGUCCGUGACCCAGAUGGAGGCCAAGCAGCUGCUCCAGGCCCUGCACCGCCUCACCAGCCUGGUGGUCUUCCGCAACCUGUCCUCCGCCGAGGCGAUCCUGGCUCUCUUCCCGGAGGAUUUCCACCAGAGCCUCAAGAACCUGCUGACGAAGAUCCUCCUGGAGCACCUAUCUGCUUGGAGAACUGAAGCCCAGAACAAUCAGAUCUCCCUGCCGCGCCUGGUGGACCUGGACUGGAGAGUGGACGUCAAAACGGCCUCGGACAGCAUCAGCCGCAUGGCCGUCCCCACCUGCCUGCUCCAGAUGAAGAUCCAGGAAGACCCCGUUCUGUGUGGGGACAGACCGUCCGUGACCGCGGUCACCAUGGAGCUGAGUAAGGAGACGCUGGACACCAUGCUCGACGGGCUGGGCCGCAUCCGGGACCAGCUCUCCGCCGUGGCCAACAAAUGAGCCGGCCGACUGCCCUUGGCCCCUGGCGUGUCCCAGCCGCGGGUCGGCACUGAGCUCCCGGCAGCUGUGCAGGAGUGUCGGGCGGCCCCACUGGCAGGACAGGAGCGGCCUGGCCCCUUCGCCACCCUCCUCCUCCCUCUCUCUCCCUUUGCUCCAUGGGAGGCCAGGGAGCAGGAGCCCGCGCCAGGCGCCGGGUGCCACGUCAGGCUGCAGAGGUGGAGGGCGCGUUGGCUGUCAGCUGCCUGUGCCCGGCUGAUGGGCUAACCCAGGCCCUCAGCGCCGAGUGGGGCCCAUAGGUUCCCUCCUGCAGCCCCAGGACUGUCGGGGGAGGGGGGAACAAGCUUGGGGCCACCAGCAUUCCAGCUUCUGUGGCGAGCUGCCCCCCAGAGAGCGGGGCUGGGGGCUGCAGCCAACCCUGCCCAGAGUCCAGAGCCUUCCCCAGGCUCCUUCAGCCCUGUGGACACCUCCCCACCAGCACAGGGCGUCGGACAGGGACCCAGACCCUGCGAGCUGAAGAGCCCGGCCGCCCCCGAGGGCAGGAGUGGGGGUGAGGGGAAAUAAAGACGAUUCCCAGAA